CGCGAAAUCCAGGUGUAUUGACCUUUCUGAUCAGGAUUGUGUCCAUCAUGGCCGACUUGCCAUCAUUCUCUAUACCCACUCUGUACACGCCUUCAAAUCUUGAAUCUGACCCAGAUUUAGUCACUGAAAUCACCAGUCUUAUCAAGGAUGCCUUCGCUCGUUCGAAAAAGUCAGAUCCUAUGAAGUGGCAGCAAGGGGAGAGAAAAAGAUUUCCAAGUCACGACCUUUACUUGGAGAUGCUUGGUAGUGAGGGCGUAGCAGCUGUGAUCUUCGAUGAGGACGUAGCAGAACGGAAAGUCAUUGCUGUCGCAGCUGCAGUGCCAUGGCAAGGCGGAUGGAGAAAAGAGGGAGCUGGAAUUGAGGAAGGAUGGGAGAUCAAGGCGGUUGCAGUAGAUGGCGAUGCGCGGUACCUGGGACGCGGCCUUGCGGUCCAAUUGUAGGCCUUUUUUGAGUAACACCUUGUCCUGAAAUCGAAGCAGUUGGGUAUCUCAACUACAGGAAGGGAGUUUGUGAGACGUACCGACUGACCCUCUGGAUCCUGGCAGCAGAGUGCAUCAACGGCGUAUAUUGGAGAAAGAGAGGGUAUGAGGUGGUGCGAAGGAGCAUUGCUGAGCCGCCCACCUGGGGCGUUCUAACAAGCUUCAAG